AAUGUCAGUACUAUCCAAUUUACUGAACUAAAACAGCAGAUGUGCAGCAGUCACUGAACUACUUAAGAUCCUUGCUGUUUAAAACUUUUUAACAUUGACACGGUUGACAGGGAUGUUGUACAAACUGACCUCUCUAAAGACAAUUUUUACAAUUUGCUUCACAGUAGUUUGUGUAUUUUGCAUGAACUGCAAUGGUGAUACGGAUAUUGUCAAUACCACACAUGGAAAAGUAAAAGGGGUGCAGGUUUCAGUGUUCUCUGGAAUAAUAACAGCUUACCUUGGAAUACCAUAUGCAGAGCCACCAACUGGUGAUUUAAGAUUUAAGAAGCCUGAGCCACGCAAACCAUGGUUAGAGAUAUGGAAUGCCUCACAAUAUGGAAACUCAUGCUAUCAAACAGUUGAUGACAUAUUUCCUGGUUUUUCUGGAGCUGAAAUGUGGAAUCCAAACACUCAACUCAGUGAAGAUUGCCUGUACCUUAAUAUAUGGAUCCCAACUCCAAAGCCAAGAAAUGCAAGUGUUAUGGUUUGGAUUUAUGGUGGUGGAUUUGAAACAGGGACAUCAUCUCUUGAUUUGUAUGAUGGGAAGUUUCUGGCCAGGACGGAACGUGUUAUUGUAGUGUCCAUGAACUACAGAUUAGGUGCACUGGGUUUUUUAGCUUUUCCAGGAAAUAGUGAAUCUCCAGGAAAUGUUGGUCUCUUUGAUCAGAGAUUAGCUCUUCAGUGGGUUUAUGAGAAUAUUGCAGCAUUUGGUGGAAAUCCCAAGAGCAUAACCAUUUUUGGAGAAAGUGCUGGGGGAGCCUCUGUUAGUUAUCAUAUGCUUUCCCCAAAAAGUCAUGGGUUUUUCACAAGAGCUAUUAUGCAAAGUGCAACAGCUAAUGCUCCUUGGGCUGUUACAACUAAAACUGAAGCCCACAGUAGAGCUUUGACAUUAGCCAAUCUUCUGAAUUGUUUUUAUAGGAAUGAAACAGAAAUCAUUGUUUGCCUUCGAAGUAAGAGUCCAGAAGAAAUAUGUGAAAAAGCUGCUUCAGUUCUUCCACACAGAUCAGUGAUAGAAGUUUAUUUUCCUCCUACUGUCGAUGGAGAUUUUCUUAUAGAAAUGCCAGAAGUAUUAAUGCAACUUGGUCAAUUAAAAAAGAAAACACAAAUAUUAACUGGGGUUAACAAAGAUGAGGGCUCAUAUUUCUUAGUAUAUGGACUACCCGGAUUUAGUAAAGAUCACGAGAGUUUUAUAAACAGGACACAAUUUCAAGAAAGUGUCAAACUAGCAUUUCCAAAAGCAACCGAACUCGCUCUAGAUUCUGUCCUUUUUCAUUAUACUAACUGGGAAGAUGAACAGAAUCCAUCUCAUAAUCGGGAUGCCAUGGAUGAUAUUGUCGGAGAUUACAAUUUCAUAUGCCCAUUGUUGGAAUUCACCAAAUGGAAUUCUGAACUUGGUAACAAGGCUUAUUUAUACUACUUCCAUCACAGAUCUUCAAAACUAACCUGGCCUGGAUGGAUGGGUGUUAUGCAUGGCUAUGAAAUCGAAUUUGUAUUUGGAAUACCAAUGUACAGAAGACUUAAUUAUACCAAGGCAGAAGAAACUCUGAGCCGCACUUUAAUGAGAUACUGGGCAAAUUUCGCAAAAACAGGAAAUCCAAACGGGGCACAGUCUUUGGAAAACAGAUGGCCUGUCUUCACGCUCGAUGAGCAGCAUUACCUUCUGUUAGGCACAGAAGACUCAAAGACAAAUCGGAAAAUGCGUGCCAAACAGUGCAGAUUCUGGAACAAAUUCUAUCCCAAAGUCCUGCAAAUCACAGGAAAUAUUGAUGAAGUAGAACGGCAGUGGAAAGCUGAAUUCCAUCGCUGGAACAAUUACAUGAUGGACUGGAAAAAUCAAUUUAAUGACUAUAGCAGUAAGAAAGAAAGCUGUGAUGGUCUCUAAUUAAAAAGCUUUACCCUUUAAAAAAAUCACCAUAUUAUGAUUAGUUGAUAUAAACAUGUUGGUAGUCGUUUAAGGUUUACCCAUGUUGCUUUAAAAAUGAAUGAACACAAAAUCGAAACCGAUAUUGAUGCCAUAAGAUGAUUUACAAGAAACGUAGAUGGCAAGCUUGCAGUCUUGUUGCUGUUUUGGGACAGGACACUAAAAGGAUUUAUGAAGUGACAAUCAAAAGUAUAAUACUGUAAAAGGUGCUGACAAUAAAAGUCAGCUGCCAGCACAGCACUGUCACAAUGCACUAAAGGAGAGGAGCUCCUUUGGAAAUAUUGCCUGUAGGAAUUUAUCUAUAGGUAGUGAUCAGUUUUGAAGUGAAGGAAAAGUCUACUGGCUGCAAUAUUUUUGAAAAGAAAGGAUAACGUGCUCAAAAUCAGACAUGUCAAUUCUUAUGUGUCAGUGUCCUUUGUUUAAAAGAAAAGCACAUUUCUUUUGUAUUUAUUUAUCUUUUUUUGCAAACCCUAUUAACAUUUAACAACUUUCUAAGUCUGUACUGGAGAGUAGAGGGAUGGUACCUUAAAAAUGCCUGACAAGUCCCUGCUCACUGAGUUAUUUUAUUGGUUGUCCAGCAGCGCUGGCAUUCUAGUCUUAGAUUAGAAAAGGAAGAGCUGGUUAGUUCAGAUUUAAAAUAUAAAAAGUGGUGAAGAUUAAGAAAUACACAAGCUAUGAUGGUCUACUGUCCUUUUUCUUUUUAAUAAAAAUAAUAUAUGUGUGUAGAAGCAA